GGGCUCGGCCGGGCCGGGCCUGGCCCCCGUGGGAUCCAGCCGCGCGGCUCGUUCCCUGAGCGGGGCGGGCGGGCGAGUCUCGUCGUGACUUCCCCGGGUCCCCGCGGAGCAGCCUCGCCCGGUGCCUGCCCGGGGCCAGCCGGCGGCGGAGCUCCUCGGGCCCGGGGCGCGUGGGGACUCGCUCAUGUCCGCCCCCGGGCCGCGGUGAGGGGCGAGCUCCAGAUCCGAGCUCCGGCGGCGCCUGGGCCGGGAACAAAGGGCCAUGGCCGAGCGGGCCGCUGCCCAGGGUCCAGAACUGGAUGCGGUGACACAGUGCCCAUCUCCUUUACCACCUCCCAUUGUCCCUGAACGAACUUCUGAAAGAGAAACUCAGACUGCAGAGAUUUCCCUGACUGUUGUGGCAGCAAUUCAAGCCGUAGAGAGGAAGGUGGAUUCUCAUGCCACACGGUUGUUGGAUCUGGAGGGGAGAACUGGGAUGGCUGAGAAGAAAUUAAUAGACUGUGAGAAAACAGCAGUGGAGCUUGGCAACCAGUUGGAGAGUAAAUGUGCUGCACUGGGAACUCUGAUCCAGGAGUACGGGCUGCUGCAGAGGAGGCUGGAGAACAUGGAGAACCUGCUGAAGAACAGGAACUUCUGGAUCCUGAGACUCCCCCCAGGCACUAAUGGAGAAGUCCCUAAGGUGCCCGUGACAUUUGAUGACGUCUCAGUCUAUUUCAAUGAGAAGGAGUGGGAGAAACUAGACGAAUGGCAGAAGGAACUGUACAAGAAUGUGAUGAAGGGCAAUUAUGAAUCUUUGAUCUCCUUGGACUCUGCAAUUUCCAAACCUGGUGUUUUGUCACAUACCGAACAAGGAGUAGAGUCACGGGUCAGAGGGCAGCAGGACUCAGAUGAGGAGAGAGAGAUCCUUACUGACCCCAGUGCAGCAGGUAUAAGGGUUGUGAUCAAAACAGAGGAGAUUCAUCCUGAGGACUGCCCUGAAAACCUGGAGCUGGACAGAAUGUUGGAACGAUCAGAAGGAAGUUUCCAGAAUCCAGACCAGGAAGUAACCCAUGGUAGUCUGUAUGGCUCAGUAACGCCUCCGAGAAACCCCUCAGGGAACUGUCUGGACGAGUCCACUGAAUAUAAAACAGAUUUCAGCGAAAUCAGAAGAGUCAUUGUUCAGCAGGGUAACUGCACAGAUGAUGGGAUUGUGAUCAAAACUGAGGAGGAGGAGGAUCCUGACACCCUGGAGCCAUAUGCCAUGUUCUCAGGCAGAGCAGAGCAGCAGAUUUUCCAGAAUCAUGAGCAGGGGACAACCUGUGAGGCUCAGUGCAGUUCCAAAAUGCAACAGCGAAACCUAAUCGGAAACAGGCCAGGGCAAUCUACUCCCUGUGAAAGAGACUCCAGUGAAACGAAGACAGUCAUCGUCCACCAGAGAAACCGCACCAGGGAAAGACCUUAUAUCUGCCCUGAGUGUGGGAAAAGCUUCAUGCUGAAGAUCAACUUUAUAAUCCACCAGAGGAACCAUCUCAAAGAGGGGCCCUACGAAUGUAAUGAGUGCGACUUAAGCUUCAGGAUCAAGCAGCAGUUUAUCCUGCACCAGCGCAGCCACACACGCCGGGGAGUCGGCCCGGCCCGGCGUGUGGAGAACUUCAGAGACAAGCACAGCCUCAAGCCAGAGCAGAGAACGCCACCGGCAGGGAAACCCUAUAAAUGCACAGAGUGUGAGAGCAGCUUCAGCCACAAGUCGAGCCUCAGCAAACACCAGAUCACGCACGUGGGGGAGCGGCCGUACACGUGCAGUGAGUGCAGGAAGAGCUUCCGGCUGCAGAUCAGCCUGAUAAUGCACCAGAGGAUCCACACUGGGAAGAGCGAGAUGUCCUUCAUAUGCCCUCAGUGUGGGAAAAACUUUAGUCGCCCCUCCCAUCUCCUCAGGCACCAGAGGACUCACACGGGGGAGCGGCCCUAUAAAUGCACCCAGUGCGAGAAAACCUUCAGUGAGAAGUCUAAGCUUACCAACCACUACCGCAUCCACACGCGGGAGCGGCCGCAUGCCUGCACUGAAUGCGGCAAAGGCUUUAUCCGCAAGCACCACCUGCUGGAGCAUCAGCGCAUCCACACUGGGGAGCGACCCUACCACUGCACUGAGUGCGGCAAGAACUUCACUCAGAAGCACCACCUGCUGGAGCACCAGCGGGCUCACACCGGCGAGAGGCCCUACCCCUGCACUGAGUGCACUAAGUGCUUCCGAUAUAAACAGUCCCUUAAGUACCACUUGAGGACGCACACGGGGGAGUAGGAGCCGAUGGGAGCUGCAUCCCACCUGGGCAUUUGAGUCAGGAGUCUUUGUGGAAGGAAGCAGUGGUGCAACAGUGUGUAGGGACUGAUAAUUUGAUGUAAAACAAAGCAAAUAACAUGCAGCAAAAUUUAAAAGACCAGAAAAAGCUAAUUUAGGGUAAAUAUUCAUCAUAAUGUACAGGAUAUUUUGCUGAAGUAGGACUAACUGCCUUUUAAAUCUAUUCCUUUUGAUAAUAAAUGUGAAGUAACUUUUAUUUGAUAAGCAAAUUUAAGAUUUCAGUUUUUUUAAAUAUAUAAUUUUACACUGUACAUCGUACCUUUUAAUCUGGAAAAUCCCGGAGUGGUUUACAUGCCUUCUACAGGGAUCGUGUCACCUGCUGCUGAGAUGCAGCUGCCCCAGGGUGGAACAUGGCAUCUCUUUAACAGUGCACAGCAAUAGUAUGUGCUCCAAUCCCGGUCGAGGUUUAGUAUCUCCACACAGAAACCACACACAGAAUUUUGGAUGGGUUAUUUAGAUAUAAAAUGAUAAAGGAUGGCUUGCCCUAACACAAUCAUUAAUUAUACAGUACAGUGGAAUCCCAGUCACAUUAGACUAGUCAUGCCACCUGGAAGCCAGCCAGCCACCUCUUUACCCCUCUGGGAAGGGAGACAGUGUAGAGUGUAAAUUUGUCUAGCUGACUGAUGUAAACAUCCUGCUCUUGUGAUGAAAAGGAUCUACUCAGUUAUCCAGUCUGUCUCCCUGACAACACAUGAUGUUCCCAAGUGCAUUGGUCAUUCUAAUUUCAAAUGACCCAAGUGGUAAAGUUUCCACGGCAUCCCUUGGCCAGCUGUUCUCGGCUGCCCCGUCUCAGCGUUAGAAAGUUUGCAGAUAUACGCUAGCUCUCUAAUGGGCUUUAUGGUCAGGGCUUUGGUGUUCCAUUUCAUCUGAAAGAGCACUGCCCUGGGGCAUUGGCUCAGUGCAAGUUCAUUCAGUACGGUCUGGGAGGGGAGGCAGGGCUGGGAGAACCUUGAUGGGUAUGUGGAUCCUUGGAGGAGUCCUCCCAGCCCUAGUUUCACCACAGUGUUCAGACUGAUGUGGAGCCAGGUGCUGGUUUCCCUGUGCAGUGUCCCUGUCUAGUGUGUCCUGCUGUGUGAAUGGGAAAAUCAUCAGCAGCACAGGGGUGGGGUGGCUGUGUCUCAGGUGCUUGUUGGUGUGUGUUUUGGGGUAGAAGAGAUGGCUCUGAAUCUCCUGCAGCCCAGGGACAGGGUGGAAAUAGGAAUAAAGCCUUUGGUUGGGUUUAGGAAACAUCCCUUGCUAGAUCCGGUUGUGCCCAAGUCAGUAGGUGUUUCACAGGGAUCCAUUGAAUGGUGAAUAUUCAGCUAUUGAAUUUCAUUUGAUUGUCACACUGGAGUCAGUGCAGAGUGAGGGACCAAUAGAUCUUCAUCCUGGGCUAUAAACAAUCCAGCUUUGUGCUACUGGAUUACUUGUUCCUCCCAGUGCCUUUUCCUGAAAUUCUUACAGCUCCGUGAUUAUUCCAGUUCUGUCGUUUUAUGGUUCUUGCAGUUCACGUGAUUAGUGGCAUCAAAUUUAAUUUUAUUGGCUUUUGUCACAGAUUAAAUCUAGAGAAAUUUGAGCGGAAAAGUCGUAUUAGUACAGUCCACUCCUGGGUGCCAAUGUAGAAUGCUCUCCUAUUGGAUGAAAUUCUGCCCUGUGCAGAUGGCCAGCAAUUGGGUGAGUUAAAUUGGAUUUUAGUGCUGCCAGCGCCUUAUUCUGGCCUGACCAUAGAUAAAUUGCACCAGUUUGGACAAUAUCUCCAAUAAACCAUGGUGUUUAUUUAUUUAUUUAUUUUAAGCUGUUAACAUGUUUUUCCAGACUAAAUUGUGUGCUACCUAAAAAUAAGCAUCUCAUUAGAGGUAUCAAUGUAUGUUCUGUUUAUAUAAAGUGUAAUGUAUUAGCUAGCUGUGCACUGGCUCUAUCUUAAGCACUUAUGUGGCCCCAAUUAUCAUAGUGUUUAAGUACUUUACAACCUGUCAUGUGUUUAUCCCCUCACACGCUGUAAGGAAUUGAACUCAGGUCCUAGACGUGCGAAGCAACAGCCUAAUCACUGGACUUUGCUUAGAGGGCCCUUACAAUAGAGCAUUUCAUUGGAAAUUGCAGUCGUACCUCCCUCCCCCAAAUUAUAAUCCACAUUUCCUCUGGCCGUUUUAAUUGCAUGGCUGUAAUGCUUGGAAUUCUCCUCUUCCAGAUAAAAUACAAGCAUUCUGGCUCAAGAGAAUUUAAUAAGUAACGAGAUAUGCUACAAAGAUAGUGGGAACCAGUAUAAACCCAGCCAGUGAUACGGUGGUCAGGGACUGUCUCAGCAUUUGAACUGUGGCCUCACGGCUGGCUGUCCAUACUAUCUGGAGACUGGCCUGUUCUGGGAGCUCUUCCCCUGUGCAGGUGGUGCUGCUCACGCCCAGAGCUGGGGAAGAAUCUUCUCUGGGUUUUGCUUUAAAUGGCUACAGGCUGGUUCCCAGGCUGCGCUCUGUCUCUUCAGCAUAGCUGCUGUGCCCAUCGCCUAGUGAGGAGAAACUGGGACUGCCCAGCCCAGCAUGGGAGAGGGAGAGUUGGGGAAACACUAAUGUCCACCCCUGUGCAGAGAUGAGGGGGUGGGAUCUGGAGCCUCCUGCCCCACUGAGUUGCUUCUGCAUCUGGGCUUGGGGAGGUGGAUCAUGGCUGAACAUGGGCUCCUGCUCAGGUGAGCGAUUUAAUCUAGGAUCUGAAAGCAUAAAGCUGUAUAGCCUCAGCUGAGAGACCCAGGCCUAUUGGCUCAAAGGCUGUAGCAAACUCAGACUUGUGUGUUGUCCAGCUAGUAGAAAGGGACAGCGCUGACCUGUGAGCAUUGGCUGCACGUGCAACACAACUCCACUCUCAGGUGGGGAAAGACAAUUGUGUUGUACAUUCCAGACUGCAUACGUAUUAUUUUUAAUGUCACGCUUGGAAGGAGGUUUCCUUUUCCCAGACUGGUAAUCCUUUGAAUCAGGCCAGCCAAACCAAACCUUAGGGGCUGUCAUUGUUUCACUCUCUGUAUUUAAGUUUAAUUUAAACCCAUAGAAUCAAGUUCUGCUCUCAUUUUCGUACAGGCACUGAAUGCAGCCGUUAGAAGAAUUUGGCUCUAUUUUCUCAGUAUGUCUUUAAAUUAAAGUUCCUUUCUAAAUGUUAAAGAUUUAAGAAUGUUUCUCUUAUUGUCUUAACACAUGGGC